AUGAUUCCAAGACGAUUUGGUCAUACAGGAACUUUAUCAUCGGAUGGACAGAAGAUUUUUAUUUUCGGCGGCCUAAUAAAUCCUUAUGACUUGAAAUUGACAAACGACACUAUAAAUUUGGCUGUAUUAGGAAUAGAAACUUUAAAAUGGACAAGACCAAUUAUAAGUGAUCUCGAGCUCGGACCAAAUACGUGUUUAGCCGAUCAUUCCGCUACGCUAUAUAAUGAUUUUUUGAUUUUUGCUUUCGGUUAUCAAAACUACAAUCUUAGCAACCACAUAUACAUUCUGGACGUGAAAAAUGAAGCCUAUCAUUGGGUGAGAACGAUAGCACGGAUAAACCUACAGCUAAAAGGAAAUAUAACAAUAUCAAAUCACUCAAACUCCAAAAAUUUACAAUCCAGCGAUCCACAAGGCGAAAUUCCAAUGUGGGUGAUUGUGUUCCUUUCGAUUUCUGGUUUUGUGUUUAUUGUGUUUGCUGGCAUGGCAACUUUAGUCUUUUUACAAGGGAAUCGCAAAAAAGCGGUGAAAGAUGACGGGAGAAAAUAA